UUAGUGACUAGUGUACGAUAAUCCUGUAAAAGCUACAACGAUAGCAACAUCUUCGAGCAUCUGUAAAAUAAAUAAAAAUACUAAAAUAUGGACGUAGGCCUUCCUACAGUAACGUUUAACCAAAGAGUGUUCGAGUAACACAUCACUAAGAUUCGCGGCGACCAUGGCAAAGAAGCUGGUGAUCAUUGACACAGACUGCGGCAUAGAUGACGCUCAGGCUAUAAUGAUGGCCUUGGCAGCACCUCACGUUCAGAUCCUGGGCAUUACCUGUGUGUUUGGAAACACAGGUGUUGAGAAUGUGUGUCAGAAUGUUUUGAGGGUCCUCUCUGUCUGUGAGCAGGGUGGGAUUGCAGUGUUUCAAGGUUCUGGCGGUCCUCUGGUUGGAGUCAGAAGCCCAUUUAGUGACCACUUCGGAACCGAUGGACUUGGGGAUGUGAUUGAAGACAAAGAUCUACAGUGGGAGAAGAAAGUCCAGAGAGAGCACGCAGUCAAUGCAAUGAUUCGACUGGUGUCUGAAAACCAGAACCAGGUCUCACUGGUGGCCCUUGGUCCGCUCACUAAUCUGGCACUGGCUGUUAGACUGGAUCCAUGUUUUCCCAAAAACCUCAAAGAUCUAUACAUUAUGGGUGGCAACAUGGAAGGAAAGGGGAAUGUGACACUGUGUGCUGAGUUUAACUUUGCCAUGGAUCCAGAGUCUGCCUAUAUUGUUCUUGAAGAAUUCCUUUGCCCUACAUACCUUGCAUCAUGGGAAUAUGCAUGCAGAAAUGGACUGACAUGGGAAUUCUUCAAAGAGUUGAUCAAUCAGGAUGCACCUGCUGCGCGCUUUAUGAAGAUGCUGACAUCUAAAUGCCGGGCCUACUCUAAAGAGGCUAUGGUAACUAAGAGAGACGUGUACUUUGGACCUUGCUUCGUCUCUUAUGAUGCCUAUGCAGUGGCGGCCUGCAUUGACAGCACCGUGGUGACAGAGGUCAUUGAGUGUCCUGUUCAUGUGGAGCUGCAGGGUUCGAUCUCUCGCGGCAUGUUGGCAUUAGAUCGUACACAUGCGCUGCAGAAGAGCCACAGUGUGUUUGUUAUGACUAAAUGUGAUGUUGCCAAGUUUGGUCAGCUACUACUGGAGUCCCUCAGACAACCUUGUAAUAAGUAAUACACAUACUAAAUAGCUCAUACAGAUGUGACAGAUGUGUAGGAUGGAUCUGAAUUAACAAGAGGAAAUGCUUCCACACAGGGCUCACUGAAUGAGCGCCUAUAGGAAAAUUUGAGGUGAAUCCAAUAUUUUUUCUAUCUGUAAUUUGUCAUCAAACUAAGUAUGUAAUGCAAUGAAAAAUGGGAUGUUUUGCUGAAAUUCACUAUUUGAACUUGCUGACAAAUAGAGGCUACAACAAACCUCUUGUACUAGUUUAUCAUCACACAAGGUUUUGUCUUAUUUAGCCUUGGGUCUCCAUUUAAUCUUAAAUCAUCAUAAGGCUGCCAUCAUCUAAAUUCAUUGUUACAUUUUUACAUAAACCUUUGUCAUGACCAGCAGCUACAGCAGCAAAUGUGGGACUUCCCAUUAUUGCAAAGUAGUAAGGGGGUGCAGACGGUUCAUUCCCUGGGAUAUUGUUUCAGUUUCAAUCACUGCAGAGAUGUUAGGGGUGUAACAAAAAUUUUGAUUUUGUGUAGCAUUGUUGCUAAAGACCAGUGUCAUUAUCUGUUAAACAGGACAAUUAUUUAGCUUUUUGUCAUGAAUAAAAGGAUGGCUUUCUUUUGGGACAUGAAUUUUCAUGCCACAUUAAAAUCAAAUCAACACUGAAAAAGGUGUUGUAUUACACAGUUGUCCAACAGAAGGCAGCACAGACUUGC